AUGGACGGGCGUAAUCUAACCCCCGACAGUAAUUUUGGCAUUGUUUACACUCUGCUUCUCCUGCUUCUCCUGCUUCUCCCACCCCUCGUGUUUUCCAUCCUCUUCCUGCUGUCCUUCAUCAAAAUUCACUCCGUCACCAUGGAUCCAUCAAAGCUGUCAGAGUCUUCUUUCUCCGAGCGUGAGGACAGAACCGACAACAUUCACUCUACAGACAAGGCGACCACUUCCGUUAGAACUGCGUCUUCCUCUCGCUCCCCAAUACCACACCAGCUCUCCAAUAUCCUGGACAGCGCUCUGGACGAUAUCCACAUUCCAAUUCUGCAACCUAUCGUUGUGCAUCACAGCCCCAGAACUGCAGUGAGUCUUACAUCUGUACGUUCCCCUUCAACACUACCAACUCGGCUGGAUCCGGUUAACGCGUUUUCUUUCUUGCUCGGAAAGGCCAUGGUUAACCUUAAGGACGGCGAAAACGCGGCAGUCGUUCCGUGGGAUGGAACAAUUAAGUGGGCCAUCAAAGGCUGCAGUGUUUUUGACAAUCGGGACCAGGAGUUAGAGGCCAUGACUUACCGGCCGAACAUGCUAUCCCAGCAACGGAUCCACAACGUCUGGAUAUUCCAGUAUGGCGUGCGCUACAUUCCGUCCAGCCAGGAGAAGAACAUCUAUCGCACCGUCCUCAUUCAAGGCCUCCCUGCAAAUAUGAAGCUCGGUCAGGUUCUACCCAAUAUCCCAGGAGAGAUAUAUAGUGCUCGCCUAGUGAGUACUCGGCCGAUCAGCGGAUCCAACACCGCCAUAAUCACGUUCGUUUUACAAGCCGACGCGGUGCGCUUCAUCCAAGCCUCGAACAAUGGGUUGAAUUUAGGAAUGGUGUCGGCCAAGGUGAUCCCGGUGAACACUCCCACUUACCCCAUGCCUAUCAAAGUGGAGAGAAUGAUAUUUGAGAAGAAUCACACGCGGUGCCUCUGUGUUUACAAUGCUCGUGGCAGUCCGAAGGAAAGCAUCUCGCGAGUUCUUAUGAAGUCCUGGCAUGCCGAACUCGUCGAAAGUAUCGAAGAAGGCCAUGUGGCAGGAGAAGUUUAUGUUCGUUUCCACUCUAUCAAGACGGCGGUGGUGGCAUGUGAGUUUCUGAAGGGCCAUCCCGGUCUGUGUCAUUGCAAAUUUCGAUUCCUGAAGCAAUUCUGCGCUCUGCCUCCGUUGCCAGUCAGGGCACCAUCGCCACUUGAGCAGAGCAAGGGCAAUUCCCGCAUCGGCAUCUGGGAUUAG